AUGCACAGCGGAGGUUCGUCCUCCGGUAGGGUCUUCCAAGCUGAGAAGGAGUUCCGACUUCUCGGAAUCGGAAGCCUAGCUAAGAGUAAACUACUGCUAAGAUUCACAACCGUCUUGGCAGAAUGUCCCAAGGUGGCUGAUCCAUUUAGCAUAUUCACUGCCUCAGUACCAUGCACACUAGACCCUGCCGUCUCAUACGUCGGACGGUAUGGCGACCGACUGUGUACUUACAACGCGAGAACGGUGUCCACAGACGCUGACCUGCAUGUUCUUUUCGGAGCUGCAGAGCGUAUCAAAUUUCACGUGAUUGCUCUGCAGGAGACCAAGUGCAGAAGGAGCGACGUACGACAGAUGAAUGACGGUACACUCGUCAUUCGUGGAGAGAAGGUUCCGUCGCGAAAUGUAGGCGAUGUUGGUUUUGUUGUGCACCCAUCCGUCGUUCAUCUUGUCGAUUUUUAUGAGAUCCUGUCACUUCGUCUGGCCAUUCUUCGCCUACGUCCUCUGCGCCAAAAACCCAUCGAUAUCAUCAACUGGUACUCACAAACAUCAGCAGCUGAUGAAUCCGAAUUGGACGCGUUUUACGAGGAGCUGGAGGAAGUGAUCCGCAACGAGAAGUCCUGCUACAAAUUUGUUGUUGAGACUUCAACGCAAAACUAG